GGCUCGCCUCCCCUUUCAAAAUGGCGGCCGCCAUUAGGGGGCUUCUGCUGGCUGGUCUUCACGGGUGGUGUUGAGCGAGUAUCAGCUUGUCUCGCUCUUGAACCUGGAUUCGACUAGGGGUUGGGAAGGGCAGUGGACGGCGUUGGGGGAGGACUGACGAGAUUUACAAAGAACUCUUCCCUUGAAUUCAUGGUGUCUCACCCUAUGUACAACUGAGAUAUCAACUUUUUGGAUUGUUAUUGGACCAAAAUGACAUCUAUUAUCAAAUUAACUACCCUCUCUGGGGUUCAAGAAGAGUCUGCUCUUUGCUAUCUUCUGCAAGUUGAUGAGUUUAGAUUUCUGUUGGACUGUGGCUGGGAUGAGCACUUUUCUAUGGAUAUUAUAGAUUCCCUGAGGAAGCAUGUUCACCAAAUUGAUGCAGUACUUUUGUCCCACCCUGAUCCUCUUCAUCUCGGUGCCCUCCCCUAUGCAGUCGGGAAGCUGGGUCUGAACUGUGCCAUCUAUGCGACCAUUCCUGUUUAUAAAAUGGGACAGAUGUUCAUGUAUGAUCUUUACCAGUCUCGACACAAUACGGAAGACUUUACCCUCUUUACGUUAGAUGAUGUGGAUGCAGCCUUUGAUAAAAUACAGCAGUUAAAAUUCUCUCAGAUUGUGAAUUUGAAAGGUAAAGGACAUGGCUUGUCUAUCACACCUCUGCCAGCUGGUCAUAUGAUAGGUGGAACAAUAUGGAAAAUAGUCAAAGAUGGAGAAGAAGAAAUUGUCUACGCAGUUGACUUUAACCACAAGAGGGAGAUUCAUUUAAAUGGAUGUUCCUUGGAAAUGCUAAGCAGACCCUCCCUGCUUAUCACAGAUUCCUUUAACGCCACAUAUGUGCAGCCUAGGAGAAAACAGAGAGAUGAGCAACUUCUGACAAAUGUCCUGGAAACACUUCGAGGUGAUGGGAAUGUAUUAAUAGCAGUGGACACUGCAGGCAGAGUUUUGGAACUUGCUCAACUCCUUGAUCAAAUCUGGAGAACUAAAGAUGCAGGCCUGGGUGUCUACUCGCUGGCACUCCUAAAUAAUGUCAGCUAUAAUGUGGUGGAGUUUUCCAAGUCCCAGGUAGAAUGGAUGAGUGACAAAUUGAUGAGAUGUUUUGAAGACAAAAGAAAUAAUCCAUUUCAGUUUCGCCAUCUCUCUUUAUGUCACGGUCUUUCUGACUUGGCUCGGGUACCUAGCCCCAAAGUGGUACUCGCCAGCCAGCCUGACCUGGAAUGCGGAUUUUCAAGGGAUCUCUUCAUUCAGUGGUGUCAGGACCCUAAAAACUCAAUCAUUCUAACUUACAGAACUACUCCUGGGACUUUAGCCCGUUUCUUAAUUGAUAAUCCUUCCGAAAAAAUUACAGAAAUAGAGUUGAGGAAACGUGUGAAGCUUGAAGGGAAGGAACUAGAAGAAUACUUAGAAAAAGAGAAACUAAAGAAAGAAGCGGCGAAAAAACUAGAGCAGUCAAAAGAGGCAGACAUAGAUUCCAGUGAUGAGAGUGAUGUUGAGGAAGACAUUGAUCAGCCAUCGGCUCACAAGACUAAACAUGACCUGAUGAUGAAAGGUGAAGGUAGUCGUAAAGGAAGUUUCUUCAAACAAGCUAAAAAGUCUUACCCUAUGUUUCCUGCCCCGGAAGAAAGAAUUAAAUGGGAUGAAUAUGGAGAAAUUAUCAAACCAGAGGAUUUCUUAGUGCCAGAACUUCAAGCAACUGAAGAAGAGAAAAGCAAAUUAGAAUCUGGCUUGACAAACGGAGAUGAACCCAUGGAUCAGGAUUUAUCUGAUGUUCCUACCAAGUGUAUUUCUACGACAGAGUCUAUCGAAAUAAAAGCCAGGGUUACUUAUAUAGACUAUGAAGGACGCUCUGAUGGAGAUUCCAUUAAAAAGAUUAUUAAUCAGAUGAAACCACGACAGCUGAUCAUUGUCCACGGACCACCAGAGGCUAGUCAGGAUCUCGCAGAGUGCUGUCGUGCAUUCGGUGGGAAAGAUAUUAAAGUGUACAUGCCAAAGCUACACGAAACAGUUGAUGCCACUAGUGAAACUCACAUCUACCAGGUGAGAUUGAAAGAUUCACUUGUCAGCUCCCUUCAGUUUUGCAAGGCAAAAGAUGCCGAAUUAGCUUGGAUAGAUGGUGUCUUGGAUAUGAGAGUUUCCAAAGUGGACACAGGAGUUAUUUUAGAAGAAGGAGAACUGAAGGAUGAUGGAGAGGACUCAGAAAUGCAAGUGGACGCUCCUUCGGAUUCCAGCGUUAUAGCACAACAGAAGGCCAUGAAGAGUCUUUUCGGGGAUGAUGAGAAAGAGACAGGUGAAGAGAGCGAGAUCAUUCCAACCUUGGAACCCUUACCCCCCCACGAGGUUCCUGGACAUCAGUCAGUUUUUAUGAACGAACCAAGACUGUCAGACUUCAAGCAAGUUCUUUUACGGGAGGGGAUUCAAGCUGAAUUUGUAGGAGGUGUACUUGUUUGCAACAACCAAGUAGCAGUCCGUAGAACGGAAACUGGACGCAUUGGAUUAGAAGGCUGCCUUUGUCAAGAUUUUUAUAGGAUAAGAGACCUUUUAUAUGAACAGUAUGCCAUUGUGUAAAGGACAUGAUGUCAAGAAGUAUCUGUUUGACCUUUCUAAGAAAAAGCAUUCUUAUACUAAGCUUUUCCUUUUUUGUUUUGUAACAUACAAAAAGAAUUGCCAGCAAAAUUUAACAUGCAUUAGUUUUUUUUAAAAAAGUGUAAAUAUAGUCCAUUUUGCUAAUGUUUAAGUGAGCAUUCUACCUUUUGGCUUUCAGAGUGAUAGAGAUCCUAACAAGUAUGCAGGCCAGAGAAUUGAGGGUGAUUGGUUUCCUCUACAUACCCCCUAUUCUAGAAGGGCUUUUUACUUGAAUAAAACAAUGCAACUUAGCAAACCAGCUCAUGGCCUUAGAGAAACAUGUUUGCAUGUUGUGAGUUCUUGCAAACGGUUUCUUACAUUUUGUGGAAUGAAAAGUGAGAAUUAUUUAGAAAAGAUGUGCUAUAUAAAAAGAAAAA